UAGAACCUUGACCUUAGUCUGAACGAUGACAUUUAUCUCUUCUCAGACCCGACCUCUAGCAACCACCUGCAAACACAACUGCACUGUGUCUUGGUUUGCACUUGUGUCCGGCGUCGGCGGGAUUUAGCGUCCAGGCAAUAUGGAAGAAUUUCCCCCUAAAUUUAGCAAGGUUCUGGUGACACCUGAUCCACAGUACAUCCCGGGGUAUGCAGGUUACUGUCCCCAGCUUAAGUACAAUUUAGGGAAGACCUAUGGCCAGCUGACCGCCAAACUGCUGACGUCUCCGGAGGUUGCGUGCUCGCGGCGCCUGGUCCUCCAUUCGGGCCGCUUCCCGUCCACGGAGACAGACACGGGCCCACGCGACGAGAUCUGGAGGACUCAAAAUGGAGAACGCAGGAACCUGGAAAGGAUGAUUCCGGGAUACACCGGAUUUGUACCAAAAAGCCAGAACUAUUUCUCACGUACAUACGCGGAGACGUGUAGAGAGGCACUGACAGAGUUCGACAGAGACCAGCAUAGGAGGGCUCGUCUGCGGUCAGCCAAGCCACUUCUAGUAAACAAAACCUCAACCUCAGGGAACAAACAACUAGAAACCCCUUUGACAGCCAUCUCGAAGGAGCCCGCCCCCUACAGGGCAGACUGCUGGACACCCAAGGGGUCACCCUACUUCAUGGAUGACAGCAGCCCCCACAAGUACUUCAUCUCCGGCUUCACAGGCUAUGUGCCCAAGUCCCGCUUCCUGAUUGGGUCAGGAUACCCUAUCACAACAAACAAGGCUCUGAUCCAGUUUGGGAAGGAAAUGAAGAGUGAUGUCACGUCCGUGCGCUUGCGAGGGGAGGAGCCAGGGAGCCUCCCGUCUCUGCCCACGGUGUACUCCUCCAAGCACGGCCUGCUGCCCUCCUACACAGGACACGUCCCUGGUUACAAGUUCAGGUAUGGGCAGACCUUCGGACAGCUUACCCACAAUACACUGGGCCUCAGGGGCUCCUAGAGGAAGACGGAGGCCUGGUGAUGGAGCCCACAGCCAUGAAAUGGAUCAAUAAAAGAAUACACAGAGCAUGAAAGUGUUAGUCCUACUCAAGAAAUGUACAGGUCUUGUAUUUUUUUGAAUGGUUCUCAAACCAGGUAGACGCCACUGCACCGGGUCAAACUGUAUUCAGCAAGUGAAGGAAAAUGUGGGGUGAAAUUGAACAUGAAACGAUACAAAUGAAACCGUUCUUUAAGUUAGUCUUUAUUUGCAAAGGUUGAUUGUCACGGAGCACCUAGUAUAUUAGAAGGACCUCAUUCAAAGGUUGUGGGUGAAGGAUACUGAGGUGGGGGCUGAUUAACUCACAGACGUCACAUUAUUACAGAUACUGUUAAACUAACUCUUUACCCUCAGACAAGUGGAGAGACACACUUUGCUGGUUGUCUAUUCUUUAGCUCAAAAUCAACCUGUAAGAGUACACUUUCAUGUACUUUUUGUGCAAAGUAGCUCCAAUCGAAACACUAUUCAUCUAACCAUUCCACAAAUCUAGAUCUACAGUACAUACAUUAACCUAAAUAUGUACAAAACAAUUCUGUCAUACAAAAACACCAUCGGGGAAAGGCGGUGACGAAGAUCUAACCACACAACACAGGAGUAAAGUAGCACCUUGUUUUAUCAGCGUUUUUAUCUUCACAUGCACGCGAAAAAAAGAACCAAGAAAAAAAUAAAGAACCAUGCAACGUGUAAUUGGAUUUGUCUGGUGUUUCUCUAAGGCAGCAUCCUAACAUAGGACCAACCAGUGUAGUAGGCUUGUGCAUGGGGUGUUUGGCAUCAGGAAAUACAUCCUGCCUGUGUAGCUUUCAUUUCCUGUGGACCAGAAGCAGACCUGGAGGUUGUUGGGGGGUCGGAUGGCUGAGCGGUUAGGGAGUCGGGCUAUUAAUCGGAAAGUUGCUGGUUUGAUUCCUGGCCGUGCGAAAUUACGUUGUGUCCUUGGGCAAGGCACUUCCCCCAUACUUGCCUCCGGAGAAUGUGGAGAAUGUCCCUGCACUUACUGUAAGUCGCUCUGGAUAAGAGUGUCUGCUAAAUGAC